AUGUUAAUUACUACAAGCCAUUUGGUUUCAUCCGAUGUUAAUAAUAAUAAAACAAGAUACUUAAUACAAGCCAAUAGUAAUUAUAACAAUUAUUCAGGGUUUUCUCAAGAAUUUGAACCUAUAUGGAUUAGUUUAUCAUUAAUUAGUAUUAUCAUAUUUACUGUUGGUGGCAAUAGUCUUGUUUGUAUUGCUGUUGUGCGUGAACGACAUUUACAAAAUACAACAAAUUAUUUUCUAACAUCUCUUGCAUUUACUGAUUGUCUUGUUGCUUGUCUUGUCAUGCCGUUAGCUGUUACUGUUGAAUUUCUUGGACGUUUUCCACUUGAUGCAUUAGCUUGUAAUGUUUGGUCAACAUUCGAUGUUUGUUGUUGUACAUCAUCCAUUUGGCACAUGAGUGUUAUGUCACUUGACCGGUACCUUACAUUGAGAUAUCCAUUAAAAUAUGGACGAAAUAAACGUCGAAGUUUAAUGGCAUAUAAAAUUAUAACGAUUUGGUUGAUAUCAUUUGCUAUAUGUUUACCAUUAUUUAUUCUGAGUAUUGUUGAUUCGACAAAUGUUUAUGAUGAAAAAAAUCGAGCUUGUUUUCCAUCGAAUCGAGCAUUUAAAAUCUAUGGUUCAUGUGUUGCUUUUUUUAUUCCAUUAAUCAUAAUGAUUGUUACAUAUGCACUAACAAUGAGUGCACUACGACAAGCACAUACAACAAAAAAGAAACGCUAUAAAGGACAAAAGAAUAUCCAUGCUGUUAUUAGUAUUGCUGCAAUGGCAGUUCGAUGGAAACGAGCUGUUAAUACUGUUGAAAUAUCUGUCGAAAAGUCUCCAUCCAUUAUACCUGAACCAGAAACGCAAACAGGUUAUACGAAAAGUCCAAUAAAUUAUGAAAGGAAACGUGCGUCAUCCUUACGUACAAAUGAACAUCCACAGAAACCUAUAUUUACAUCGAGUCAACGUUUGAAUGAUUCUAUCAAAUCGUCAUCACCUAUUGCUUGGCGCAAAAAACGCGACGAAAAGCAAACACUGUCACCAGCAAAAACUACAAAACAAUCAUCAGAUCAACAUUUAAACCCCGAUUGCUCAAACCAUCUACAAACAGCUGCAAAACGUUCCCAUUCUUGUACGCCAUUGCUCGACGUUGAAAAUAGUCGUCAUUAUCAACGAAGAAGUUCGUCUAGUCAUACUCUUUUGCAGAUUCGUCGUGAUUCAGCUAAAAUAACAGAAGAAUUAGCUAAUCUAGCUGCUCAGUUAGCUGCAUCAAUGACUAAUGAUGGCUCAACAAGUAAACGACCUUCACUUUCUGUGCCAGGCACAUCAGGAGCCAAUGAAAAUGGUACACCAACAAUCGAUCAAUUACUUGCAGAAACAAGUGUUAAUCAGCCUAUUAUCAUUUCUACAUCACUUCUACCAAUUGGUCAAAAACGACGUGAGCGAUCACAUAGUGCUGAUAUUCGAUUGCCAACAAUCAAUACCGACAACGACAAUGCAAUUGGCAUUAAUCAACCUAUUCCAAAUCUUCUUGUAACACAUGAAAGUAUUUCAGCCAUUCCAACGAAAAAUCUUGAAGAAACAAGACCGUCAUUACAAUUUGAUAAAAAAUGUCAACGUAUCAAAGACUGGAUUGCAGUAACAACAUCAUCUACCACUCUUCAUAUGAAUCCUCAUGUACCCAUAGCUACACGUUGUAAAUCAGCGAUUAAUAUAACUGACAAUACACCGAUGUUAACUGCUAAUCAACAAGAUGUUCGACAAUUAUCUAAUAUUAAACGAUACUUUCCACAUAUGGAACAAUUAUAUGGACAAACGACAGCACCAAAUACAGUUGUACGACCACAACAACUUUUACUUGUUGAUGAUCAAGUUUCUUCUGCUCAAAAUUUCGCUUCACCACAACGUAGCAGUGUUUCUUCGGUGGCGUCAUCAAUGUUACGAAUUCGUCUCCUUCGAAAUCAACGGCCGAGUACAACAUCUUCGAUGGGUUCGUCAUCGCAUCAAGGUACCAGACGUAAACACCCGCCACGUUUCAUAGAUGGAAUGUCACAAACGAGUUUCAAUAUGGUUUCAUUGGAUACGGAUGAUUCAUCAUCGUGUACAUCAAGUCUUACUCAACAUUCAGCUACUGUACAAUCGAUAAAAACAGGAACGACUAGUUCCAUGUCAUCAUCGUCAAGAAAACGAAAACACCAACGAUUUAAAGACUUAUCGAAAAGUUCCGUUGGUAAUGAACGGAAAGCGAUGCGUGUAUUACUUAUUAUUUUUUCGAUAUUUGUUAUAUUAUGGACACCAUUUUUUAUUAUCAAUCUUCUAUCUUGUUUUACCGAUGACAUUCAUCCGAUAUUAAUGUCUGUGGCAACAUGGCUUGGCUAUUGUUCAUCAUGUGCAAAUCCCAUUAUUUAUACGAUAUUCAGUCGUGCUUUUCGUCGAGCAUUUGUUAAUAUACUGACAUGUCGAAAAGUAAUUCGUUCGCGUCAUUCAUCACGUCAUUCAAUGGCUGUGUCAAUCGGACGAAAAUAUCCGUCAAUCUCUAAAGGACCAGGCGAUCAACAUUAA